UAUGAUAGUUUAUGAUCGAUCUCUUUGAAUCAUUUUCCUCUGCACAAGCACACACUAUGUUCCCUCUUACAAGAAACAAAACACACUACCUCACUCCCACACCGAAAAAAUCUACCUUGCUCUCUCUCAUUCUCUCUUCAACCAUGUCUUCUUCCUCCGAUUCCGACCACCGUCCGCUGAGAGAAAUCCCUGGAAGCUACGGCCUCCCAUUCUUCGGACCCAUAAUCGACCGCCACAACUACUUCUACCACGAGGGCCGCGACAAGUUCUUCGCUUCCAGAAUCAGCCGCCACAGCUCCACCGUCAUUCGCACCAACAUGCCGCCGGGACCCUUCAUCUCCUCCGAUCCUCGUGUCAUUGCGCUGCUGGAUGGGGCCUCCUUUCCUGUACUGUUCGACAACAAUAAAGUGGAGAAGUUCAACGUCCUCGACGGCACUUUCAUGCCCUCCACGAAGUUCACCGGCGGCUUCCGCGUCUGUGCCUACCUCGACACGACGGAGCCCAACCACGAACUCAUCAAGGACUUCUUCCUCCAAGCUCUGGCCCGACGAAAAGACUCCUUUCUCCCACUUUUUCGAAACUGUCUCCGUGAAUCCUUUGCAGAGAUCGAAGAUCAGCUGAGCAAGAAGACGGAAGCAGGUUUCAACGACGUGUUUAGCCAUGCUUCCUUCAACUUCAUGUUCAGGCUGUUCUGCGAUAACAGAGACCCUUCCCAUACUAACCUCGCUUCCAAGGGACCGAAGCUGGUGGACACGUGGCUUCUAUUUCAACUGGCCCCACUUGCGACGUUAGGUCUCCCAAAAAUCUUCAACUACGUCGAAGACAUCCUCAUCCGCACGCUCCCCUUCCCCGCGUGUCUCACAAAGUCCGGUUACAACACUCUAUACGAAGCCUUCAGAACGCACGCGACCACGCUCCUAAACGAGGCCGAGAAGCUGGGCCUGGACCGGAACGAGGCCUGCCACAACGUGGUUUUCACCGCCGGUUUCAACGCCUACGGCGGGCUCAAGAACCAGUUCCCCGUGCUCCUGAAGUGGGUGGGCCUCGCCGGCGACAAACUCCACGCGGACCUCGCGAGUGAAGUUCGGGGCGUGGUGAGCGCCGAAGGAGGAGUCACGUUAAACGCGCUGGAGAAGAUGCCGUUGGUGAAAUCCGUUGUGUACGAGGUGAUGCGGAUCGAACCCGUGGUGCCUUACCAGUACGGGCGCGCGAGGGAGGACAUGGUGGUGCGUAGCCACGACGCAUCGUUCGAGGUGAAGAAGGGGGAGAUGCUGUUCGGAUACCAGCCGUUCGCCACGAAGGAUCCUAGGAUCUUCGAGGAUGCGGAGGUUUUCGUGGCGCGUAGGUUUGUGGGCGAAGGGGAGAAGAUGCUGAAACACGUGCUGUGGUCUAAUGGGAAGGAGACAGAGGAGGCUUCGGUCAGUAAUAAGCAGUGUGCGGGGAAGAAUCUGGUGGUGGUGCUGUGCAGAUUGCUUCUGGUGGACUUCUUCUUACGAUACGACACGUUUCAGUUUGAGUUUAAGCAAUCUGGGUUUGGUCCUAGUAUUACCAUUAAGUCCCUUACCAAGGCUUCUACCUUGUUCUGACCUUUAUUUAUUUGGUGUUUUUUCUUUAGAAGUGGAUUAUCUUCAUUUCAAAACAAUAUCUGUUUGGUUUUCAAAGUUAAUACUUGGUGUUAUUAUUCGGUCCAAUUUGAUGUUACAUUUGAAUAAGAUUAUUUAAGAUUUUUA